CCCUUUUUAUUAUAAGAUAUUCAGAGUAGAUCUUCACUACGGUUUUCAAUAUCUUUCCAACUCUUUCCAAAAGCCACUAUCUCCAAAAGCCAAAACGCCUGGGCUUUAGUUAGAAAUUGCCAAUUAUCAAUAUCGCAUUCGAUGGCUUCUCUCCUUAUUUCGUGUUCUUCUGGACAUCUGAUAAAAUUGGUAAUUCUCAGUGGGUCCCCAGUCAGAAUGUCUCGAAUACGUGUAAACUUUGCUUUGUUUCUAUUCUUUAAUUUUGUAUUGAUCGCUGACACCCCGAUAACUCAAACUACUGAAAUCAAUGGGAAACUUCCGUGUUAUUACCACGACUUAAAAAUGGGUUUGCUCUUGUUCCUGUUAUUCCAAUUAUUAUUACUUUCUUACAUUACUUUUCUUCUUGGACAUAGCUUUCCAAAAGUGUUUCUAUCAAAGUCUGGGGCUAGACAACCGUGAUUUCCACACAUGCAUUUGAGCAUUGCCAGAUUGCUGUCUUCAAACAGCGUUAACGUUUACAAUUACGAGUACCCCCUGCGAUAUAGGUAAUGUUGUGAGACCCCUGUCGAAAAACAAAUAAAUAAAAUCUAUUUUAAUGAAUAGACAAAAUUGGUUUGCUCACUAAAGUUGCUUUAUUUAAUUGCCGCGGAACACUAAAACCGAACCAAUAGGAGAAAAUGGCAGGGAAGCUUCCAGCAGGCGGUACCACUUAAGUUCAGUUCUAUCGUCCUUGUGGUCUAUGAUCGGAUUUCGAAUGCACGCGUGGUUUUACCCUAGCGAUCUACAUCUCUUUAUAAUAAGGAUCAAGUAGACACUUGUCUACACCUCUCAACUAAUCAGUAUUUGACAAGGAAAGCACACUCUUUUCAUACUUUCCGAUCGGGUUUCAUGUUUCGGGAGGAUGAGUAGUUACACGGAAUAUCGAGACCCCUAGCAUAAACACUUCUCGUCAGGGAUAAAACGUUAACGGUGAACUUGAUCCGGUCAUCACGAACAACGCCGCUCGCUUCCAAGCACCACCGUCUUGUUUAACUAUAACACAACUCCAUCAUUAAGAGACUGAUAACGAUCUCCGACUUGAGAUUCUAGAUGGGGAGGCUCUACUAAAGUCCACGCUGAAGAUUACUGGAACAAAGCGUACUCUGUCAUCAAAGUCAAGCAAUCAACUUUCAAAUUUCUUCAGAGUUUCGUAGUCAUCCAUUGAUCUGUUCCAAUAUAAAGGCAUUUAUUUUCUGGCACUGCGUUCUUGCAAUCACAUCGGCAGAAAUUGAGGGUGAAUUGCAAACCAUGAAUACCUCAAACAUCACGGAAUUAGGUCUCCCAUCAAAGCUCGGUCCCACCAACAUCGUAGCGGUAAUUUUCGUGGCUCUUCUAAUGCUCGCCACUCUGUUUGGUAACUUCUUGGUGUUCGCGAGCUUCUACACGUUCCACGACCUUCGUACUAUCUGCAACUACUUUAUCAUUUCUCUCAGCGCUUCUGAUAUCAUGGUGGCGCUAUUAGCCAUGCCCUUCUGGCUCGUACUGCAGUUGGCACCGGAUAUGAAGUACCAGACUCUCUUAGGACGUACAGAGAUGAGUUUCUGGAACUGUAUCGACAUUUUGUGCGGGACAGCAUCAAUUAUGAAUCUUGCCGCGGUGAGUGCCGAUCGCCAUCUCGCUAUCACUGCGCCGUACUCCUACCACGAGCUCAUGACGCCCGUCAGAGCUAUCCUCGUCAUCUGCGGGGUCUGGUUAUACGCCAUAACGGUCUCCUGUUUACGGCUCGUAUCAAUUCCCAACAAGGGCUAUUCGUACUUGGUUUUUAUUACGAGUUUUUUUCUACCUCUCGCGUCGAUGUUGAUCAUGUACACACGGAUAUACGUGGUGGCGCUACGCCAAGCGCGGCGAAUUAACCGCCAUCAUAACUAUAAAACGGAUAUCAAAGCCGCUAAGACCAUAGCGGUUGUCAUCGGCGCGUUUAGCAUCUGCUGGUUACCGUUCUUCGUGCUGAUUAUUGGUUUCGCCGUCCGUGAUGAUUUCAUAACACAUAAGAGCUACCAGGUAUAUCGCGCCAUUAAAUGGACACAUUACUUAAAUAGCUGUCUGAAUCCUAUCAUCUACUGCUGCUUGAAUAGGACCUACAGGCGCGCGUUUAAAAGGCUGUUUGCGCGCUGGAAAGCGGGGCUGUUUCGGUGCGUGCAAUGUGGCGUUAAAGAGGACGUAAUGCGGAGCAGCAAGGCGACGUCCGCGGAGAGAAGCAUGCUCACAAUAGCUUUACCCUCGUCCGUGGAAACUGCAAGUGAGUGUAAGGAUAAUAAUAACACAAACGGACAUAAUGGAACGGGGAAUGGACAACUGGAUCAGACCAGAGUCUGACUUUUGUUCACGAGAGUCUGAGCGGAUCCAUACUUUGAUGAUACAACGCGAACCAAGAAUUUAUGAUAAAGCCUACCUACAACGAAAUGCUUUGCAGAACUCAAUUUGUAUAAAACGUGAAUGCUAAGACAUUGGUUAAUGAAAAACCUCUGUUAAGUAAAAGAUACUAAGGAAUUCUGUGAAAGUUGCUUGCGACGCACACUCCUGUACAAAGCGCUAAAUACUAGAUAACAUUCAUCCCGAUGGAUUGUCGAAUUAAGCACUCUGGACUAAUGCAAAACUUGUUUACUAAUGCAAUUAUUUAAAAUAAGGUUGCACUCCUACUUGUGUCGUGACUGGCAGUGCUUUAUUUGAAUCAAAAUAAAUAACCAAAAUAAGCAUAAUUUAAAACAAAUACAGAGUCAAGAAACUGUA